CAGGAAAAGCUCAUUUUCCUGUUUCCAGGAUGCUUUUUAGCUGGAAGAGCUGUUGCUGUCCAGGAAGCAGCACUUCCCUGCUCUCUGGCUGAUGCCACCGGAGCAGUUUUCCACUGUUUGUCCCCCUUUCCUGUGCCGUGACAUCGCUGUUCACUUCAGCCUCUCCUGCUGCACUGAGGAACACAAYGGGGUUUGCCAGAGAAAGGAUUUUUGUGUGUGUGGUUUGUUGCAGAGCUUGUUUUUCCCCUCUUGGCUACGGCUCAAGAAUUUCCUGAGUGAACUUUUCGGACAGUCAGCUCCAGCGCCUCGUCAGCGAUGAGCUCCGUUUGCUUUUUCUGACACAAAUAAAGCUGAAGUUCUGCCAGGGAGGAAGGAAAAGAGAAGCCAUGGUGUCAGGAAUGCUUUUUGCAGAAGCGCCUGAGUGAAAGAACGCUUGUGUGGACAAAGGAGCAGCGAGAGCGGCCGGACAGCUGGACAGUCCAGCUCUGGAGCCUCAGCACCUCUGCUCCUCCAGGACAUUGCAAAGGACAAGCUCUGGAUUCCUUUCACACCUUCCCAUCAAGGUUUAAAGAUGAAGACGCUCCAGAGGAAUAUGAGUGUAUUCCAACAGACUAAAAUCCUCUUGUGGAAAAAUGUCCUGCUCAAGUGGAGGAUGAAGAUGCAGAGCUUUCAGGAGUGGAUCCUGUCCCUGCUCUUCCUGCCCAUGUUGUUCAUGGUGUCCUUGUUCGUGUUGAACAUCCGCUACCCCGAAAUGUUGUACAGACACCUGGGGCACCUGGACGACCCUGCCUUCAACAGCACCGGGGUCACCAUCGCUUUCACGCCCGUCACGGCCACCACCAGGCACAUCAUGAGCAAAGUGGCCUCCAGCUCUGUCAUGACGGGUAUACAGCUAGAGGAAGUGGAUGAYGAAAGAGCCAUGGAGAAAGCCUGGAUUUCAGAUGAGGACACCAUAGGGGUUGUGUUUAAGGACAACUUCUCCUACCACCUCAGGUUUCCUACCAGAGACGUGGUUAUUCCCAAUGAAGUCAUYGGAUACGUAGACAGCUGCUUCGAGUUKACCCCGAUGCACUGCACCAGCCCCAAGUAUUGGUACCGAGGCUUCCUGUCCCUGCAGUCCAGCAUUGAUGCUGCCAUCAUAGAGAUGGUGGCAAAUCRUUCUGUUUGGGAAGAAAUGAAUUCCAUCGCCGGCGUCCGAAUGAAGACCCGGAGCGUCAUCCUGUCCAUCAGCCUCGACUACAGCUUUUUCAUGGUCAUUAUCGUCAUGUGCUUCUUCCCCUUCAUGUAUUUCUUAUCCAUCAACGUCACGAGAGAGAAGAAGAAGCUCAAAGUGUUGAUGAAGACCAUGGGGCUGCAGGACAUCGCCUUUUGGCUCUCCUGGAGUUUGCUGUACUCCCUCUACGUGCUGAUCUUCUCCUGCCUGCUGACGGCCGUCGUGCUGCAGGAGCAUUUCGACACCAGCAGCUUCCCCACGGUCCUGCUCCUGUUUUUCCUCUACGGCCUGGCAUGUAUCCACCUGGUUUUCAUGCUCUGCUCCCUCCUAAAGACCUCCAAACUCGUCAGCUUCACGGGGUUCCUCGUCAUCUUCAUCUUUGGCUUCCUGAGCCUGGCCGUGCUGAUAGAAGAGGUCCCGGAGCCUCUCAUGUGGUUCCUGGGUCUCRUCUGUCCCUUUGCCUUCAACACCGGCAUUGCCAAGAUUUUCCAUUUAGAAAAAUUUGCAAUAGGCCUCUCCUUUUCCAACCUCAUGGGGGAAGCAUACUUUCUAUUUUCAACCUACAUCGUGCUGGCRUUUGACUCAGUCCUGUACAUGCUGCUGGCUCUGUAUUUCGACAAAAUUCUCCCAGGCAAAUAUGGGAUCCCAGACCCUCCUUUGUUCUUCCUGAAGGCCUCGUACUGGAUGAGGAGCAGGAGAGGCUCCAGCAGGAACAUUCCCAGAUCCACAGCAAACCCUGAGGAGCUCCUGGRGGAUGCCAUGGAACCGGUGCCCCCCGAAUUCCUGGGCAAAGAGGCCAUCAGGCUCCACAAUAUUAAAAAAACCUACAAAAGGAAGGAMGGGAAGACAGAAGCUUUGAGAGGUUUGUCCUUAAACAUUUACGAGGGUCAGAUCACUGCCUUGCUGGGCCACAGUGGGGCUGGGAAGACAACGCUGCUGAACGUGCUCUCCCCUUUAUCCCCCUGAACAGGCUCUGCCACCAUCUACAACUACAAUCUCUCGGAAAUUGGAGACAGGGAGGAGAUCCGGGGAAUGAUCGGGAUUUGCCCGCAGUUCAACACACAGUUUGAAGUCCUGACAGUGAAAGAAAACCUGAAAACUUUUGCAGAAAUCAAGGGCAUCAGGUCCCAAGAGGUGGAGCAAGAGGUGCAAAACAUUCUGGAACUGCUGGAUAUCAGCAACAUCCAAGACACUCAAGCUGAGAAACUGAGCGGUGGACAAAAAAGGAAGUUAUCCAUUGGAAUAGCCAUGCUUGGAAAUCCCCAGGUUUUGCUCCUGGAUGAGCCCACGGCCGGGCUGGACCCUCUGUCCAGGCACCARGUKUGGAGCCUCCUGCGGGAGCAGCGCRCGGGGCGGGCGAUCCUGUUCAGCACCCAGUUCAUGGACGAGGCYGAYAUCCUGGCAGACUGCAAGGCUUUCAUCUCGCAUGGGAGGCUGAAAUGCGUCGGCUCUUCUCUGUUCCUGAAGAAAAAAUGGGGGAUUUGUUAUCAUUUAAGGAUCCACGUCAGUGAGUCCUGUGAUUUGGAGAACGUGACAUCCCUGGUGAAAGGGUACAUCCCCAACGCCACAUUCUCAGGACACAACCAGUAUGAACUCAGAUAUAAACUGCCUCUGGAAAACGUGAAUAAGUUCCCAGAUCUGUUCAGUGGCCUGGACAGCUGCUCUGAGCAGGGAAUUGUCACCUAUGGAGUCAGCAUGACGACCCUGGAGGACGUGUUCCUGAGGCUGGAGGGAGACGCCGCGGCCGAUCAGGAAGAUGUGCACGGCCCUGGGGAGGAGUGGGCAGAGCGAUGUCCCGACGAGGCGCGGCCGAGCUCCCUGCUGCUCUCGGACACCGGGAGGGCGUCGGUGCAGGGCUGGGCUCUCUGGAGGCAGCAGGUCUCUGCCAUGGCUCGGGUGCACUUCCUGAAGCUCAAGAGCUCGGUGAAGAACCUGCGCUCCAUCCUGCUGCUCUAUGCGGUUUUUCUGCUUCCUCUGGUGUUGCAACUGUGCUUGGUGGCUGGCUGGCAGAGCGUGAGCGCCUGGCAGCUCUCCCCUGCACGUUAUUUCUCACCCUCGAAAAGGACAUCCUACCUGGAGCCCACCACCCUUCUGGUCUACAACGACACAGAGAAUGGCACUGGUAUCUUCAUCAGACAGCCCCAAAGGAAAAUUCAUUUUGUAGCAUCUUCGAAAAGGCAGCUGUUCAACCCAAAAUAUUGGGAUUAUUUCAUGUACUUCUACCACAUUUACAUGCUGCUGUUAUUCCCUGGUUUUCCUCCUCACUUUGCCAUGGGCUACACGCAGGAUUACAAGGCAGGAGCUCGUGCCCAGCUGCGCAUCUCGGGGCUCUUCCCCUCGGCAUACUGGUGUGGCCAGGCACUGGUGGACAUCCCAUUCUGCUGGAUCCUGCUCUUCUCCAUGUUUGGCCUCGAGUUUGCCAUGAGCAGCAAGAUUUCUGGGAGUGCCAGCACCUUCUUCUUGUUGAUCGUGGGGACAUUGGGUUAUGGAAUUUCUCUCGUUCUCCUCAUUUACCUGAUCUCCUUCAACUCCCGCAAAGGAUGGAGCUGUGAUCUCUGGUCUUUCCUCCUGAUCAUGGGGUGCCUUAUUUCUGUUUUCAUCGGCAGAGUCAUGGAUGUUUUCAUCCACCACAACACCUCCAUCUACGCCCUGUCCCUCUUGGUCCCCGUGUAYCCCCUGAUGGGGUUUGUGAUCCACACCCAGCAGAUUUUCAUGGAGGACACRAAGAUGUUUAAUGUGGCUCCAGGUGAUGAAGUACUGAUGGCUGUCUUUGCACCUUACAUCCACUCUGUGGCUUUCAUUCUCCUKCUUCGCUGUUUGGAACUAAAAUAUGGGAAAUCAGUGCUGAGAAAGGACCCRGUAUUUAGGAUUUCCCCAAAGAAAGAAAGCAGCCAGCAGCAUCCCAAGGAGCCCGAGGAGGAAGAUGAAGAUGUUAAAGCUGAAAGGGAAGCAGUGAGAAAUGCUAUGGUGGCUCCGAGUCAGGAGGAGAAAUCAGUCAUAAUAGUCAGCAAUCUGUGCAAGGAAUAYAAAAUAAAGCAAACUGGCUCAUUUUUUAAGAAGAAGAAGAAGAAGAAAUCAGCCACCAAAAACCUUUCCUUCUGUGUUAAAAAAGGAGAAGUAUUAGGACUUCUGGGACCCAACGGGGCUGGGAAGAGCACAGCAAUCAAAAUGAUUACUGGAGAGACAUCCCUGACUGCUGGGCAGGUGCUGAUGAAAACUGGAGAUGGAGGAGGCUCCCAGGAGCAGAAUCCUGCAUUUUUGGGCUACUGCCCCCAGGAGAACCCGCUGUGGCUGGAGCUCACCCCGCAGCAGCACCUGAGCAUCUACGGGGCCGUGAAGGGACUGAGAAAGGAGGACACAGCCAGUGCUGUGGACAGGAUUGUGAAUGCCCUGCAGCUCCAAGACUACUUAAACAAAAAAGUCAGAAAAUUACCUGCUGGGAUAACCAGAAAGCUCUGUGUGGCACUGUCCAUGCUGGGCAACCCCUCCGUGCUGCUCCUGGACGAGCCCUCCACCGGGAUGGACCCCAGCGGGCAGCGCUGUGUCUGGGAAACCCGGGAUAGGAUUAAGAACGAGGUCUUUGAGACCCAUUUUCUAGAAGGAGCAGUGACAAUGAUUUCCCCUUGUCACCUCRGUUCCUCCCUGCCCUGCAGGUGCAUUGGCUCCAUCCAGUACCUGAAGAAUAAAUUUGGGAAGGGUUAUCUCCUGGAAAUGAAGGUCAAGGAUGCAGAGAGCACCGAYGUUCUCCACGCUGAGGUUUUGAAGAUUUUCCCGGGCGCCGCCCGUCAGGAGCGGUUCCCCUCUUUGCUUGUCUACAAGGUCCCAAUGAAAGAUGCACUGCCCCUGUCCCAGUCCUUCUCCAAGCUCGAGGAAGCCAAACGAAGCUGCAGCCUGGAGGAGUACAGCUUCUCCUUGAAUACCCUGACUCAGGUGCUUCUGGAGCUCUCCCGAGAGCAGGAAAAGGAUAAUUUUGAGCUGAAUUUGGACGGGACCUUCGACUGGAAGCAGCUGCAGCAGCAGGACUGUUAAAGGGCAGAGCUGCUCCUUCAUCAUUGCUCACUAUUAACCAAAAUGCACMCAUUUACUGCCACUCUCAGUGAUGCUCUGGGAGGCAGAAGGUGUCASCCCUGCACUCUGCAGGGUCCCAGCUCUCCUCUCAGCUGCACUGGGUGAUGAAAUCGUGCCCACUCUGGGCAGRUUAUCAAGCAAAGCAGGAUGCAGCAGAAAGACUGAAAGUUUUCCMGAAAGAAGGGUCCUGAGCCAUCCCUUGGGAUCGAAUCUCUCUGGGUCUGGGUGCCCCAGGGAAUCUGGACUCACCWCCAGCUCCUGGGCUCCUCUCCCACYGCUGCCUGGGACUCUUUGCCAACGAUUUGUUCUUACUGAGAUUUGCACUCUAUUUUUGUACCCCUCCAAUAAAUGUCUGUAUAGG